AUCUUUAUGAGGGGGGAAAGUCCACCAUAGACAUGCUCCUCUCCUCUGAUCAUAAAACAGCAGAUAAGCCUUAUAGUCACAAAGGUGGAGACUAAAGUCAGUCCUCUCUCCUCAGGCAAUAUAGUCACUGCUUUAUGCGGACAAGUACAAGUCGGUACAAAAGCCCUGCUAUUCCUACCUUAUUUCAUUAGGAUUGAUCGGACAAUUGAACAGGGCAAUGGAGAAGAAAUAUCCACACUUUACUUUGAGGACCGUGUUGAGCUUUCUGCUUGUGUUUUUGCUUCUCAGAUCAACUCAAGCACAACAGAUAUGCUCCAUGCCUACGGCUGCGCCUCCCACUAUUAGAGAGAACAACGUUAUUGGUGCUGUUGUGACCACAAUCACCACAGAAGAAGAAGUGAGCCUAACUAUUGCCAGUAAUCCUGCAGACUCUUUCGGUCUGAGUGGCAAUGAUCUUACAGCGAUAAAGGUUUUGGACUAUGAGACUAGCACGUCUUUCACCGUUGACCUGCUUUGUAGAAAAGGUGAUCAAUUUCUCACUCUAAUAGUAGUGGUACUUAUUGAGAAUGUGAAUGACAACCCGCCAGUAUUUGCAGAAAGCCAGUACACUCUUAAUGUUGAUGAGUUGUCACCUGUAGGCAAAAGUGUCGGUGCAAUUGUAGCAACAGAUGCAGAUAAGGAUCGACUCUAUUACAGCCUAGUGCCAGAUACAGAGGGUUUUAUACUGCAAGAAAACAGCCCAAAUAUACUAGUGCAACAAGUUCUUGACUAUGACGCAGGGACAAGUGUGACACUUAUAUUAUCUGCUCAGGAUACCCCCACAUCCACACCACCUUCAUUCACUGCCACAACCACUAUCCAAGUCAACAUCUUGGACAUUGACAACCGUCCACCAUGGUUCCAGCCCUGCACAGAAACCAUAGUUGACAUUUCCAAAAUUUGCCUCAGCUCUGGAUAUACAGGAAAAGUCAACCUAACAGAGCAAGAGGUUGGUGCAUUGCCAUUGCAGCCAGGUCCGGUGCGUGCCAUUGAUGGUGACAAAGGCUUAAAUGUGCCGAUAAUGUACAGAUUUCCAACUGGGUCUGAAUCUGGCAUUUUUCAGAUCAAUCAAAACACUGGGGACAUCACCAUGUUGAAAGCGGCGGAUGUAGCGGGUCCACUGACCUUAACAGUUCUGGCUUUACAGACGACCAACGGCGACCAGUUCGCGACCACAACGGUCACGAUUGAUGUUGUCAAAAAGAGUGUGAACCCGCCGCAGUUUGAGAAGACGGAGUAUGAGGGCUUCAUCUCUGCAGACGCGGGCAUAGACAGCAUGGUUCUGGAAAGCAAAGCCACAAACAGGCCACUCAGGGUCCAGGCCAAGGACACAGACUAUGCUGAUGGCUUCAACCCUGAUGUGAGAUAUGAGGUUCAGGGAAGCCAUGAUGAAUUCUCCAUUACCCCGCAAGGCUUCAUCCUCAUGACUAAAAACGUUAUGCCAGGCACUGUUUCCUUGAAUUUGCAUGCCAUCGACUCAUCCAAUGCAGAAUCAACUACAGCAUCUCUCAAGGUGGAGGUCAUGCCAGGGAUUACAACCAUGGCCCCAACUACCACUGACAUGACCACCACUGUUAUGGCCACCACUGACAUGGCCACUACUGACAUGGCCACCACUGACAUGGCCACCACUGAUAUGGCCACCACUGACAUGGCCACCACUGACAUGGCUACUGCCACCCAUGCUGCCAUCAACUUCACAACAGAAGGGGUUCUUGGGGCCCCAGGUGGAUAUGGUCCUGGGGACAUGGCUGCCCUGGGUGCUAGCCUGGCUGUGUUACUGGUCAUCUCUAUGGUCGUCAUCGGCCUGCUCGUCUUCCGCAUCCAGAAGGGCAAGACAGAUUGGAGGAAGCUGUCAGAGGCCAGCAUCUUCCGUAGCUCUCUUGGGAAAGGUCCCGGCGGACUCAAGGACGGGGUGCAAUACACCAACGAGGGCUUCCAGAAUGACGGGGACACUGGCAGCGUGGGAUCCAAAGGCCCAGAGGAGAUGGAUGGGAAGCGAUCCAUCGGGAAUGGAGUGACCUCCAAAGCUGUGGAGGAGACUGUCAUGAAGGUCUCGGCUCCACUGUACUCCAACCUCCUGCUUGACACCAGCAGCCUGGCAGGGUCUGAUAAGGCCGACAGCGAGAAGGAGGUGAAGCCCAUUCUGACCAAAGAGAGGCGCGUGGAGGAGGGCUACAAGUCAGUCUGGUUCAAAGAGGACAUCGACCCCAAUGCCAAGGAGGAAGUGGUCAUCAUACCUGACAAUGGGGAGCGGGAAGGUGACGACGAUGAUGAUGAUGAGGAAGAGGAGGGGUUUAGAGAGGAGGAAGAAGAAUAUGACAACUCGUCACCACAGACCCCAAAGGUGUUGUUCUCUGAUGCUGAUAUGGAUGAUGGCCGUGGGGUGAGGUUUGAGAAUUCUGAGAAGGAAAAAAUCCAGACGUCUGACCUGUGAGGAGUAGAGGGGUAGGCCUGCACUGGAUUUAGCUUGCCUUGUCUGUUUGGGUGGGUGAGGUUUGCUUUUUUUCGUUCAGUUGUACCGGGUAAGCUAAAUCUUGCGCAACUGGGGCCCCAUUUAUAAUUGUUGUGUAAAUUCUACACUAAAUAUCCGUGUGCGCCAUUUCUGAAAAUAAUACGUACGUCUAAAAAUAUUGAGAUUUCUAAAUUUGGCACAUUUUCUACAUACACAUUUUUGCCGUUAUAAUUCAGACCUGUCGUAAAACUGUGCACACAUGAACAAGCAUUCUAACUCUGUCAGAAAAAGUCCCUCCAUUCACCUUUUAUAGUGACAAUAAUGCCCUUUAUUUGCUGUAUAAUUUGGAACUAUUGGAAUUAGGCCACGUAGGUUUCUGAAAGAAAGAGCAAUGGGACAUGUGAUCACAUUUUGUAGAGGUGUGAGCAGAAUGUUUGUCUUUUACAGUGACUUUUUCAAACUUAACAUUCAUGCUGCCUAUAGUGAGUGCCAAACACUUUAAUGAUUGUAUAUUCAAAACAAUUUUACUUUGACAGUAUGGGUAUAGGCUACAGUAUUGCUGAGCAACAGGAGCGUGACAUCAUAGCCUAUUUAAGCCUAUACCAAGACAGGAGAUAGAAACACAAUAAUCGAUUGAUACACAAAAUAUUGAACAACAAUUUGUCUUUUGCAUAAAACUGAGAGCUGUAGCAUUUUACUUAAAAACUACUGGUCUAUUUACUGUGUUGGCAGACUGUUUUAAUCUUUUGCAGUAACUUAUGCUGUAUUUAGCAAAGGACUGUGACAAUUUCUGAACGAGAAAACGAUGGUAAAUUGUUGUGGACCUGUCAGCCGAACAUUUGACUUCAACAAUGUUUUACAUUGACUUUCCCCCCAACCUAAUAUGCUGGACUGCCCACGAAUUCUAGGCUUUUAACAGUAGUAGCAUACAUAUUUCAAAGUAAGAUAUUAACUGUCUGCAUGUUCACCUGUUAAAUUUGACUGUAGGCUGGCUAUAAACUGGCUUCCUAUGAGAUUGCAUAAAGCAAAACUUGGAAAUCAUAGUCUAUCUAUUUAUUAGGCUACUAGGCCCAAUUAAAUGAGAGAUGUACAUGGGAGGCACAUUUUUUUGUAUGGCUUCUUCGGAAAAACACAGAGUGGCUUCAUGUGCUCAUUGGAAAUUGUAAACUGGAAAGUGUGAAGUCAUAAGUCCAACAUGAAUGUGUUCACAUGCCUUUGAAGUUGGAACAAUUCAUCAACCAAAAAUAUUUUAACUAGUUUGAUAAGCUAGCUAACAUUGAUAAUAAUAAGGUUAGCUAGCUUCCUUAACAUUGACAUAUGGUCAAACUAGCCACAUUCUCCAUAUUGGUAAGGCUUUAGUUGUCAAAAACUGAUUUGUUGUCAUCUUUUGGUUGAAAAGGUAAAAGGUCAGUGGUGAAACGUCACAACUCAGCAACUCAAUUUCCCACUUGUGAUUCCGAGGUGGAGAAUCGCUCAACUGAAAAUUCCCGCUGAACUAGGAGCUUCCGAUAACUCCGAUAGCACAUGAACUCGGCAUAACCUAUUACGGCCAGAAAAGGCGAGGCAUUUACAUUUUAGUCAUUUAGCAGACGCUCUUAUCAAGAGCGACUUACAGUAGUGAAUGCAUACAUUUCAUUUCAUGCAUUUUCUUUUUUUGGUACUGGCCCCCCGUGGGAAUCGAACCCACAACCCUGGUGUUGCACACACCAUGCUGGCGUUGAAAACACCAUGCUCUACCAACUGAGCCACAGGUUAGGAAAAUGGUUAGGAAAAUAAAAUAAAUAGGAAUAGAUUCCUGUCUAAUCAUUCAAAAAAAUUAAAUAGAAAUGUUGUUAUUAUGUUGUUAUUAUGUUUUUAUGAAUAAGCGUAUCAUAAUAGCAACCAUUGGCACAAAAUACUUAUGCCGCGUUCACAUGCUAGUCGGAGCUAGAAAACUAGCACAUUUUUGACUUGCCAACUAGUUGUAGUUAUACACGUGUCGCGUUCAACCUGUUAGCAAGUCAGACAUUUCUGAGUUUCCUAGUUCCGAUGAGCACGUGAACACGGCAUUACUGGCCUGCUUGCAAUACAAUACUUCAACCACUAGACAAUGUGUGUGCGCAUGGUGUAAAGUUUCCUUGGAGGGACAUUCUCACCGCACACCAAGUUAAAUUUUGAUAAAUGCCCCAAAACUGUUUCGGGGUAUAUUUUGUAUGUACGCAACAUUUAUAAAUGAGGCCUCUGAAGUACUGUAUUGUAUGUGAAAGAAAGAAAUGCUUUUUUCUGCACCAGGAUCCCACCUGUCUGAAGCAUCACAUCAACCUUUUACUGCAGUGGGCUAAAUCAGGGUCACACAGAGUGUUUCUUGGUAGUUUUAAACAAAUCUACUUUGAAACAAAGUAUACACUUCACACACAUGGUUAUGGGCUUAAAAAAAGAAGACACCUGCAUCAUGUCAGAUAUUGAGUUGAAAUGUAUUCAAUUUUGAGCAUACCAAUAUUACACUUUAUAUACAUCACAGCAGAUUGAAAUAUAACAAAACCAGUUGACAUAGAAACACUGGAUUUUCAACAGAUUUUUUUAAAUUAUGUUUAUUAAUUAUGACAUUUUGAAAAAUAUGAAUAACAUUUCACCCAUGAGGCCACUAGAGGGCGAUUUGGUCAUUUGACUGCAGGAACGAGGUUUUAGACUACUAUUAUAUUGGACAACAUGUUAGAACUUCUGCUGCUUUCUCAUCAAUACUGGAAACAUUUAGUCCUGCCAUACUUGCUCUACAGUAGAAGCCAUUACUAAUCAUGUGGAGCUUUGACCCUGGUACACAUCGGAGUCAUGCUUCCUUGUUGCUUACCGAAACUCUGCUGUUCACUAAUCAGUAACUCACUUUAUUGCUUGAUACAGUACUAUUAGAAAAUGUGUUAUCAUACACAAAAACAAACAGAAAAAAAUAACAUUAAGUGCAAUGUUUACUCAUUUUGUUUUCCCAUUGUUCGGGUAAGAUCAUUCAUGGCUUGAACUUAAGCUUCAACUUUCUUGUAUCUUUGUAAAUAAUGGAUGUUAAAAAUAAAAUUAUUUAUGUAAUAAUAAAGAACUCAAGUAUGAUUUGACAAACCAAA